GCAGACGGUCCAAGAAGGGGGGAGCUGCCGGAAAUGCACCCUCGACCUUGCCUCGCGUCCUGAGAUUCCGCUUCGGGGCCGGCUCCGGCUGGUCGGCUUUCCGGCCGCCGUUUGUCCCUCGCGAAGCCCCGUUGCUCGCCCAGGAGGCGUGACUAGGGGCUGGAAGCAGGCGUGCUGCGGCGCCGCGGGCCCGGGCUGCCGCUGUCAUGGACGCCUGGGUCCGCUUCAGCGCUCAGAGCCAAGCCCGGGAGCGGCUGUGUAGGGCUGCUCAAUACGCCUGUUCCCUCCUUGGCCAUGCUUUGCAGAGACAUGGGGCCAGCCCUGAGCUACAGAAACAGAUCCGACAACUGGAGGGGCAUCUGAGCCUUGGAAGAAAGCUGCUGCGCCUGGGUGACUCGGCAGGUGCCCUUGAGUCAGCCAAGAGAGCUGUGCACCUCUCGGAUGGUGUCCUGAGGCUCUGCAUCACUGUUAGUCACCUCAACCGAGCCUUGUACUUUGCCUGCGACAAUGUUCUGUGGGCUGGAAAGUCUGGGCUAGCUCCCCGUGUGGACCAGGAAAAGUGGGCGCAGCGUUCCUUCAGGUACUAUUUGUUUUCCCUCAUCAUGAAUCUGAGCCGUGACGCUUACGAGAUUCGCCUACUGAUGGAGCAGGAGACCUCGGCUUACAGCAGGCGCAUGAAGGUUUCUGGUGUAGGAGUUGAGACUGGGGGACCUGGGGGACCAGGGACUCCAGGAGGGUCCCUGCCACAACUGGCUCUGAAAUUUCAACUCCGAAUCCUGCUACUGGUUCGUGUUCUUAGGGGUCACCCCCCUCUUCUGUUGGACGUGCUGAGGAAUGCCUGUGACCUCUUCAUACCACUGGACAGACUAGGCCUGUGGCGCUGUGGCCCUGGAGUCGUGGGCCUGUGUGGCCUCAUAUCCUCCAUUCUGUCUAUUCUCACCCUGAUCUGUCCCUGGCUACGACUCAAGCCCUGACACUAUGUCCAGGCUAGGAGGGAGCCUGAGCUGGUGACAUGGAAUCUUAGAUUUUCCCCCAUGAGCCAGCACCAUUCUGAUCCGCUCCGUGACUGAAGUUAAAAUCCAGACACUUGGGGACAAAGGGAAGAACCUUGCCCAAGCCGAGGCCGGGAAGGUCAACAGAAGCUGCCUGUGCAGUUGGUCUCUCACAUUUCCAGAAUCUCUUUGCUCUCUUCCCUUUAUCUGACUUGAGUCUAGUUAAGAAUUUGUCACUGUGCGGCAGAAUUGUCUUUCUUAACCCCCCUGUUUAGAUACUUUAGGAGAGUGACUUCUUGGUAGGGAGUGUAAGUUAGGGUGGUAAGGUGCUAAUCACUGUGUUCUUUGUUCUCUGGAGCAGCAUGUAGCAUUUUCCUCCUCCUUCAUACACCAUAAUUUCCAAGGCUUAAUUUCGUGUCCCAGCAAAUUCUCCCAGUGAAUCUCUCCACUGCAGGCUGCUGCUCCUUCCUUGUGUCCCCUCCCCAGACUCCCUGCCCCCUGCCCCUUCUCUGUCCCCACACUUUUGAGUUUCUGCUUUGAUGUUAGCGUGUCCUUCCUCACCUGGCUCUCUUGCCCUUUCUUUAACUAUCCGGACUGAUGGUAUGUCUGGCCUCUUGCUGUAAAUACUGUACAAUGAAUCUGUGUAAAUAGCUGUGGUCUGUGCCCACAGUGCAGGCGAGCCUUCCAGGUCAACAAAUUAAAGAUCAGUUUGCUGACUGACCUAUUUAUUCAACUUCAAGAUGGGGGUCUCACUGUGUUACCUAGGCUGGCCUGAACCUCUGAGUUCUGCCUCAGGCUUCUGAGUAACCAGAACACAGGUGUGUGCCACUCCACCCAGCUGCUCGUCAGCAUCUGGUCUGGUCUCUUCAUGUUCUGGAUAUUUUAAGCCUUAGUUCCUGUGACUAUGGGUGGGUUUCUGUGGUAUCGGCUGCUAGUUACCCCCAGGUUUUCAUUGAGAACUUAGGUGUUGGGAGACAGCAGUAGGUGG